CUAAAAUGGCGCCCGCGCUUUCGCCCGCCCCCGCUCCCCGCGCGGGCACCAUAGAGACGCGGCGGAUAGAGCGGCCGCUCCCCGGUCUGCUCUACGCGGCCCCAGCCCGCUCUCGGUGGUGCGCGGCGCUGUCGCAGCAUGGCGGGGGAGGGCGACUCUGAGCCGGAGAAGUCCUUCAAACUCCUUGGAUUUCUGGAUGUUAAAAAUGUCCCGUGUGCACGAGAAUCAGUGCUGUAUGGCUCUCUGGGAUCUUUAGUUUUGGGUCUUGGACACUUUUUAGCAACUAGUAGAGUUAGAAGAUCUUGUGACUUUGCAGUUGGUGGCUUUAUUUGCACGAUGUUAGGAUACUGGUUUUACUGCAGGUACAAUUUAGCCCAACAGAGGAUUCGGCAAAGAAUGCUUAGAGAAGGAAUGAGAAACAAAAUGUUAUUUGAAGGCAGUUCUUUAGAUCCAAAAAAACACCAAACAAGCGAUGAAAGAAGCAAUUCAUAGCCCUGCUAUAGGGGAAUCUACGUGUGUGGUGUAAUACAGCAUUGAGGUGGUCCAAAAAUGGCAGUGUGCCCUGUAAGUAGGUGAGAUAACUGAAACUGUAUGAAUCAUGUUGGUUUUCCUGGAAGACUUAAGUAAGAAAUUCAGAGUGAGUCUAUUAAAUCUGUAUAUAAGCCUGUCUUAGUUUCACGUAUGUAUGUGACUAUAUACACAGUUAGCACUGACCUCCUUGCUUUUGACUUGUUAAACAUUUGGGAGCUGAUGCUGCGUUGCACAGUCUCAGAGAAUUAAUGACAACAUUUGGGGAUUUACAAACAAAGCAAAGUUGUAAUUUCAUCUCGUUUAAAUGCAAGAUAUUUUAUUUUCAUCAGCUGUUCUGAGUAAAUGCAUCUUGCAGUGCUGCUGCUAAAGGCGGCAUUUGGAAAACAGGAAUAUUUAAGCAGUAGGUGAGUGCUUUACUUGUGCAAAGUGGAAGAUACUGGUAGAUUCUGUAACUUCAGAUGAUAUAUCAAGACUGUGAAGCUGAAUUUCCAUCUGUGCAAAAUUAAGAAUAAAAACACCCGAGGAGGAAUCUCGCCUGUUUAUGUAACAUUUUUUAAUUUCACUAAAGAAGAUUUUUAAGACCUUUUGUUACAGUUGGUAGAACAGCAGUUGAUGUGAUUUAUAAGUGGUGAUGGUCAGCAGUUCAUCUAAUACCAGCUGUAAGCAGCAGCAUGUCUCUAUUAACUUGGGAGUACUCCAGAGUAUUAAACCAACAUGCUGCUAAUACAAAGAUAAUUGAACUUCUACACUUGAUGGAUUUGCCUCGUACAAGAAGAAAACAAAUUCACAUUCUUUCCCAUUUCUAUUUGUACCCUAUUCCUUUUGUUUCUUCUGGAGGAAGUGAAAGAAUGAAGAUAAGUUUUAUGGAGAACUUUCAAUUCAGUUGUUCGUAUUAAAAAGCCCUCAGAGACCUUGAGUUAGCACAGUGUAACAUUAUCUUCACUGGAAAGUUCAGGCUUGGAAUUUGACUUUUAUUUAGCUAGAAUUCACAGGAGAAAAUGUUGCUCCUAAUUUUGUGUCAUGAUGGGAGAUGUGUUCCUUCUCUUUGGAUCAGGUAGGAAGUGUUGCCUCAUAAAGCCCCUGGAGUGACUAUAGGAAACUGAGUGAGUACUUAAUGCACGCUCCUAUUUUAAUACAUGGUUGAGUUCUUUCCUAUCUGACGUAAGACAAGGAACUGCAACCUAAGCAGGGGUCUUUUAGCUGUGAGGUCAUAAUUCAGUUGGGGAGGUCAGAAGACAAAAGCAUCUAGAUGAAAGUUUACUCUUUGGCAAAGAUCAACUGUUGAGAAAGAAGAGAAUGUGGUUUUGUACUGACAGGAAAGAAGGUAGCAUGCAUGCAGGGGCAUCGUUCAAAAUAGCUAAGUAUUGGGACCAUGGCGAGGAGAAAACAGCAGGAUUCGAUUAUCUCCAGUGCUAUUUGGCUCUUGUUUUGUGCUUCUGUAGUUACUACUACAGCUGCUUAACUUAAGUAUUAGUGAUUUUGGCCAGUAGCUGUUAAAUUCUGCGUAGAUGUAUCUGCAUUGCUUAGAUCACCAGCCUAAUGCUACUUCACUGUACACAAUAUAAAUUGUGCAUGCUUCACACAAAUGUUAGCAGAAAAAAUGGGGUAGGUUGUAAUAUGCAGCAGUCUGGACAGUGUGUUUGAAUUCCCUUAUUUAAAGCUGAGGUAAAAUGGGGCUAGCUAGCUGUAAUAGAGCUGUGUGUGAUCUGAGUGCCUCAACUCUCCAGCACCCUUCUAUAUAGCAGAUGUAAUGUUUUAGCCGCCAAAAACUGUGAAAGACUCAAAAGCCAAGAAUUAAAAUGUUUUAGUUGACAACAGAGGCAAUUACAACUGUCAUCCUGAAGUUGUCAGUUACAGCUUUUCCCAAGCAGAGAUUUUUAGGGGAUAAUGGCUUUGAUUUCUCAGUUCAUUUUGCAGUUUCCAGGCUGUUUUGUUUGUCACCACACAUUCCAAGACCUAGAGUGCUGUGGAGGAAGGGUCACUUGGUGUCAUUAAUAAAUGGCUCUGGUUUUUGUUAGGGUGAUUUUUUCAGGGGGGUAACAAUGAAGCAUUAAUGAGUUCCCCCAGCUCAGUAGAUUAACUUCCACACUUCUCUCAUACCUGUGUUCUGGAGCUUAGGUCAGCACCUCCCAUUGGGAAUGCCAUACUUCCUCUUGCGUGCCUCUAUCACCCAUGCAUGCAUUCUUGAGACAUCCACCUAAUGCUGAUGAUGCAGUGAGUCUUUUUCUUCUGGAUCCACUUGAUACAAGGAAAAAGGAAGCCUCAUAUUCUAUAUGUGGUAGACACUGUGUUGUUAAUAGCCUAAUCAAGACGGAGCAUUUUGGUGUGUCUGCUGUUCUGUGGCUGUGUUAGGGAGGAGACCAUUCUCUCCCUUCCCCCACCAGCCCCUCAGUUGCUUUCAGUAGUGUGAUCUUCAUGUUUUGUUGUGGAACGAGAUGGUGAUGCUUGUACUUGGCGCUGUGUAGUCUGCUUUCCAAGGCAGCGUUAUGUAGAUAUAAAAGCAAACUUAAUUCCUGAAAACUUCUCAUUUGUUUCAAUAGUCUGCUGGAAGAAACCCUUGGAAUCCCUCAUUUCCCUUCCACAAACGUUUCUUUAAAAAAAAAAAUAGAAAAGCAGUGGCAGGCUGCCAAGCCAUGGAGCCGCAUAACUAUCCCGGGGCUGAGCCAAGCUGCUGCUUUAGCAAUAGUAGCGGCCCCAGCCUGAGGAAUGUCCGGGAGCUGCCAGAGGCUUUGCAGCCUGCCCGCCUCCUGCUCGCAGCACGCGGCCUCCAUCCUGCCUCCACCACAGCUUUUCCUCAGCCCUUCAGCGUCUGGCAGGCCUGAGUGCCAGGUUACCUUCACCCGCUUCACCUCACUGCGCUGGAGAAGGUGGCUCCUAUGGCAGCCAGGUAUCGCAGGGAGCCUUUCGGCUCCAGCACUGAAAUCCCGCCUUGUGCUCUUCUGAGAUCCUCCCCUUCCCUGUGAACGGGCCAUUUCCUGCAAAGGCCGUGCCUGAAAGAAUGCCUGCUGGAGCACAAAUGCAUUCUGUAAUAUGUUUAACUGUUACGGUCUUUGAUAUGUAAGUACAGAAAUCAUUCUUAUUGCUCUAUUGUAGUCUCUUCCUCUGAGGUCUCCCAGAGCAAACAGAGAAAAUACAUAAGUCGUUUAACUUGCA